AGACUUUUAAUUUGAAGUUUUCUCUGGAGCCGAAUCGGAAGCGGAAAGGUUGGUUGUGAUGGUGUGUGAGUGUGUGCUGGUGAGUUCGGGCGCCGUACUCGAGCUGUGUUGCUUUGUUGCUGUAGUGUAAAGUGUUUUAAAGCGGAAUUAGUGCACUCUCACAUUAUUACACACCGCGUGUAGCCCGGGCACAGGGUGCUUAUCUCCUCUCCGCCUCUGGACGCUGUGCUCGAGCGGUAAUGGCGAGCGGAGCGGCGGGAGCAGCGAGUGUGGGGGAUGUGGAGGAGGACGCGUCUCAGCUGCUCUUCCCUAAAGAAUUUGAAAAUUCAGAGACGCUCCUGAACUCUGAGGUUCACAUGCUUCUUGAGCACCGAAAGCAGCAGAACGAGAGCGCGGAGGACGAGCAGGAGCUUUCUGAAGUCUUCAUGAAGACCCUGAACUACACGGCUCGCUUUAGUCGCUUCAAGAACCGCGAGACGAUCGCCAGCGUGCGCAGCUUACUCCUACAAAAGAAGCUACAUAAGUUUGAAUUGGCAAGUUUAGCCAAUCUGUGUCCAGAGGCAGCAGAAGAAGCAAAAGCACUCAUUCCAAGCUUGGAAGGUCGAUUUGAGGACGAGGAGUUGCAGCAGAUUCUGGAUGAUAUUCAGACCAAACGGAGCUUUCAGUAUUGAAUCAUAUCUUUUUGUAUAUUCAAGGCCAUAACCCAUGCAGUACAUCUGGACAUUAUUGUAUUGUUUUAUUACAGACUGAGCAUUCUCCACACUCUCCUUUGCUGAGAUGUUUUUCACCCUUUUCCUUCUGCUGGAUUAUACAUUUUUUGUGUUCGCAGUGUUUCAUAGUUGAGAAAUAAAUGUUUUCAUAAAAUUAAA